UUCUAUCAAAAUUUCUGCCUUGGAAGUAGUGCUUUCUAAGCUUGAACUAACGGAAAUAAAACGUUUUAAUCAGAGAUGCUAGAAGUGUCAGCAUCAGCAUUUACAGAAGCAAAGAGGCCAGACCAUGGUCUGAUCUUCCUUCAGACCUCUUGACCCUAAUCGCCCUCCGCCUAACCAUAAUCGAGCUUCUCUGCUUCCGCAGAAUCUGCAAACACUGGUAUGCUGCUUCCUUGACUGCUUCAGCUCAAAUCGAGUCUGCACCAAAUCAAAAACCGUGGCUACUCCUCCGUGGGAAUGGUUCAAAAUGCCUCCUAUACAAAGAAUCAAUAGGACACUACUACCUUGACAUUCCAGAAAUGAGUGGCGCCACCUGCAUUGCCUCCUACCAAGGCUGGCUUCUUCUCUUCAGAGCAGCCUCAAUCUUCUUCCUCUGCCCCUUCUCCUCCGCCAAAAUAGCACUCCCCCACUUCCUUCACCCCCAACUCUCUGAUCACGUCGCCGCCUUCUCAUCUCCACCCACUUCUCCAGACUGCAUCGUCUCUGUCAUCGGCCGAAGCGAUGCCAUGAACUUGGAGCUGCAUUUGCUUCAUCGUGGAGACAAAAAAUGGACCAAGUAUACGUUGAUGUAUCACAUUAAUCACUUCAAAACCAUUACUUGCGCCACUUAUCAUAAUGGAGACUUCUACUACCUGGACACGGGUACUGGGGCUUUAACGUUUAAUGUGAAGAACAAGAGCGGAACCAGGUACCAGGUGAUAAGGGCGAAGAAGGGAGGAAACUGGUUGGGUAGUGAGCGGUGUCUGCCAUUUUCGCCGUGUAGGGAUUAUUUUGAGCAGAAUAAGAUGAAGAAACUGUUGGGAUUGACGGAAAAUGUGUCGAUUAGUACUUGUGGGACACUGGUGGAGCUUGAUGAUUUGAACUGCUUUAUUAGGAACGAGAGCAUCCAGAGCAGCCAAAAAUCUGAGGACUGCAUCAAGCUUAGAGGCAUAUGGAUUCAUCCUCGAUUUUUUCAAAUCCCUUGUGAUCAGAGAUGGUAGUUUUGGGGACUCACGCACAUUUUUCAGAACUUUGUAUUAAGGGAAGGAAGUAAAUGAUAGGAAGCAGAAAGGACAAAGUUUGUCCGAUGGGCUCUUUUUCAUCUACCAUACUUUUCUAGUCAAUGCUCAUGAUUUAAGAUUUUCAUUAUUUCUUUCUUUCUAUAGUUCAUAAUACAUUCUUGUAUACAUUUCUAAAAAGAAAUAA